UGCCUAUGAGAACUGUCAAUUUUGAAUUUUUGUAAACUUUUAAAUGAAAUGCACGAAACUGCAUGCAUAUUUUGAUAGUAUUUCAACGACAUUAGUGACUUCUGUGAUUUAAUGAAAGAAACAUGUCCAGCUUUCACGCAGUUGGUGGAAUUCAAGUUGAUAUUGUACCGGAAUCAAAUCCAUCAAAUCGCCACGAGAAGAGUUUAGGACUUUUGACAACAAAAUUUGUUUCACUGCUACAGGAGGCGAAAGAUGGUGUUUUGGACUUGAAAGUCGCUGCAGAUCAGCUUGCAGUUCGACAGAAGAGGAGAAUCUACGAUAUAACAAAUGUGCUUGAAGGCAUAGGGCUUAUCGAGAAGAAAUCCAAAAACAGCAUUCAAUGGAAGGGUGGUGGACCAAAGAGCAAUACCACAGAAAUCUCUGACAAGCUGUAUGGCAUCCAAGACGAACUAGAUGAGCUUGCACGGCAGGAAGAAUUACUGGACCAGCAUAAAAACUGGGUACAACAGAGCAUUAAAAAUGUUACAGAUGAGGCAGAAAAUACCAGAUUAGCCUAUGUGACACAUGAAGAUAUAUGUCGGCAUUUCAAGGGCGAUACUUUAUUAGCAAUACAGGCACCCACAGGGACUCAUUUGGAGGUCCCCAUUCCAGAAAUAGGCCCAGGCUUCAAAAAAACCUACCAAAUAAACCUGAAGAGCAACUCAGGUCCAAUCAACGUUUUAUUGGUGAACAAAGACUCUGAGAAUCAGUCUCCCGUUGUUGUUCAAGUACCGCCUGCAGAUGAGGACCUAGCUGCUCAAGCAAUAGCUGCAGCUCAGGCUGAUCAAAACACCAACCCUAACACCUCCGUUCUGCCCAAACACACGAAGAAUCAAAAAUCUCAAGCAGCGAAAUCUCCACUACGCCCGUCCCAACCUACGGCCACUCCCAACGAGCGCAUGGCAACUAGGUCGUCUCCACGGAAACAAGGUCAAGGCAGCAAUCAAGCAUCUACCUCACUCGGACUACCAACAGGAAUGGAAACAGGGCUUCCAAGCGAUAUGCUAUUUUUGAAAAAUGAUAUGGAUGGGACUGUGGAUGGUGACUUCAUUGAAGAGCUCAUGACAUCAGAAGCAUUUGCUCCAUUGUUGCGUCUCAGUCCUCCUCCCUCGGAUAAAGACUAUUAUUUCAACCUUGACGAUACCGAGGGACCCUGUGACCUCUUUGACGUUCCGCUCAUGUCCAUGUGAGAGUGUUCUUGCACGUGUUUUUGUGCUAAUUUAAGUGUCUCACCUGUGGUUGCGCCAUCGGUGGAAAACCAGUGUCGAAAAUUUAUGUUGGAUAAACUAUGGUGUGCCAUUUGUGUCAGAUGAACUUUGUUGAUAGAAACUUGAUAUUGUUAAAAAUAUUAAGAUAGUUCAUAAAAUUCAGCUCACAAUUUUUCCUCAUUGAAUACUAUGUUUGUAAGGUUUUGAACUGACAUUGAUCUUGUGUCUGAUCUGAAUAGUGUCCGAAAUAUGGUACAGUAAAAUAAAAAACAUGCUCUAGGUUUCUGUACAGUCAGGGAUGGUAAAGGGCCUGCCCCAAUAUAACGAAAAUACUUCAAUUCUCAAUCUCAGUCUCAACUCAUUUUACCAAUAUAUAGCAUCAAAGGUUUUUUUAAAUUCACAUGUUCUGACACCUAUUAAAAGCGGAAAUAUUUCUUUGAAAUAUUGACAAAAUCUAUCAACACAAUCUAUGAGAAAAUACUCUUUCAAAAAGUAUAAAAUCUUGCAAGAUUUUGAAUCAUACUAUCGGGUAUUCUUUUAUUUUGGGAAUAAGGUUGAGAUUGAGAUUUGACUAGAGUAUUUUUGUGAUAUUGGAGCCAGAUUAUUUCUGAAAUCAGGAUAAAGAGCUUUCAAUUUCAAGGGAGCAUAUUACAGAAGCAUCUAAUGAAAAUUUUAUUUAAGUGCACAAUUUAGAAUCGUUGUAUUUCUUGAAAAAAAAUGAACAUUUUCUACCAGGGAAAUAAAACAGUAAAUGUAAUUGUUGAAUUCAAGGAAAAGGUACAAAUUUAACUUGAGAUGCUGCUGAAUUAUGGCCCCUGAUUGCUGUAUUGUUGUAAAGUUUUUGUUCUUUUUGCUUGACACUUUCAAUAGACCCUAGAAAUGGAUCUAAAUGGCUUUGUAAACAUUCAAUGGGGUUCUAAGCCCCUUUACCCUUCUCUUUUUCUGAAUUCCUUGUAUUCCAAAUCAAUUUACGGGACUGGGAUUUUCUGUUUCUUGUCAUCCCUGAAUAUUUGCAAAUACAAAUUUAUGGUUAUUUUUUCCAUAAUUUUACAUUAUAUUAUAAUUUUUUAUAAAAAAUGUGCUAUGAACAAUGUUCCUUUUUCACUUUGUUUAAUAAAUAAUGUUUCAAGAAUUGUUGAAUAUUUUACCAUCUUGUAUCUUUGCAAUUCUUAUAAAAACAAAGAUUUUUAAUUCUGUUCAAAUGGAAGAUUUGUAAUUGAUUUAUAUACAUGUAAAUGCCAAUCAUUGAAUAUUUGAACCGUGGCUAGCAGAUAUGGGUCUUAUAGAAUACAAAUGUAGUUAAAAGAGCACAAUAUAGGUUGAUACAAAAACAUUUUUUUUUUUAUUUAAUGCAGUUUAACUCUCUUUACUUUUAUGAGCAAAACAAAAUAUAAAUUUGUGUACAGAAAAAAAAAAUUCAGCUGUUAUAAAUAUUUGUUUUUUUUUUCAAUUAACUGUAAUAGCUAAAUGGCCUCAAAUUCCCCUGUUAAAAAAGAGCCAAAAUAUUGCUUUUACCUGUACACAAAUUUGAUAUAAUAAUAGUAUUUUGUUUUGAUCAUUCAAGUCAAAUGAGUAUAAAAAUUUAAAAAAAAUGUAUCAACCUUUAUCAUGCCCCUUUAAUGUUAGAAAUUGUCUGUUUUUAGAAUAUUUCCUGCAUUAAAAAACUAGAUUGUUCUGUGCGUCACCUUGGAAGCAUCUAUGACCUUCUGAAGAUGUCACACAAAGAGCCUUGACAUUUUAUUUGCAAUCAUAGCAGACUAUGAUGUCAUAAUUUCUGUUGAUGAUGUCAUAACUGCUUCCAAUGAUGUCAUAACUGGUACUGCUGAUGUCAUAACAGCCAUUUUUUCAGUAAACAUGUUUGCGGCGAAUGUUUGCUGUUUGGCUUCCCUCUUGCAGUGUAUAAGCUGCGUUGCAACAGGGAUACAAAACGUUUGCAAACGUUUUAUAAAGGCUCGCCUUACUUAACGCACUGCUGGUACUGCUGAUGUCAUAAGUGGUACCACUGAUGUCAUAACUACCACUGAUGAUGUAAUAACUACUUCCUCUGAUAUCAUAACUACCACUGAUGAUGUCAUAAAUACUUCUUUUGAUGUCACACCUACUAUAAGACGUAUUUCUGCUGUGCGCGGUUCAUUUGUCCAUGAUUAUAAGAAUUAGUGUUCAGUGGUGUUGAGAUUUUUUGUUUAUUACGAAAUUCAUGUUAUAGUUAUUUAAUUUUACCUUUUGGUAAAAAAUGUUGAUUAUGAUAAACUGUUUGUUAAUGUAUGUUGUUAAUAUCAAAAUCAUGGGGACCAUUUGAAUAGAAAUACUGUCAUAGAUCGAUAUUUUUGCGUGUUCAUUUGUUACCAUUCCUUGUGAAAUUAGUUCCAUAACAUUUUCAGUAAAAUAAGCUGUGACUUUUAUUAGUCCUCUAUAGUUCUUAUUCAUUAUGAAAUUCAUCUCCACAAAAAUGCCUAUAAUUUUUAUUUCUUGCCAAAAAAAUUAUGGCUUUAGAUUUACUUUGUCAUUUUUUUCACUCUCUUUCAUGUACAUAUUUAGAAAUAGUUUGACACAAGCUCUCUAUGUUGUUUUAUUUCUGGAGGAUUUUUUUCAAUUAUUUAUGACUAGUUCAAUUAUAUUUAUAGUAGUGUCUACAUAUCUAGCAUGUAUAGUAUUUGACGCUGUAGUUAUUAAUGCUGAAAGUACUGAAAUGCAUAAUUAUGCGACUGAAUAGAAGCAUUAAACUCUCAAUCUAUUCUAAGAUUUUGUGGAAAAAAUUAGAAAAUAUUGAUAUAUAUAAACUGACCAAUGUUUUAUUGUUUCGUUUUUUGACACAUUGAUAACAAAAGAACCAAAAAAAUGUUUAGUUACUCCAGCGUGCCACAUUUUUUACUUCUUACUUAGAAAAAUAGAAUGUAAAAAUAUGGUAGUCUUUAUACUGUAUAUGACCAAAAACAGUCUUAAAAGUAUAUUGGCAAAAAAUAGUUCUUGAAUUAUGAGCAGUCAAGGAUAAAUUUAUCAUUAAGACAUGUGUCUAAAUCAUGGAAGACAUUUUAUACAAUGUCCAUAAAAAAAAUGUUGAUUUAUUUGUAAUUUAUUUUUUUGAGGAAAAUCAAUUUGAAAUAAAACAAUUUAGUGUUCUCUCUCCUCAUUUUUUCAAUAAAUGUGACUCGGAAACUUAAGAUUUUUAAAUUUUCUUGGCCUAAAUUUUUAUUCAGCAUUAAACAUCAAUAACGAAUACAAACUAAAGACUUAAAUGUAGAUACUAUAAGUAUUUUGGAGUUCCUUUCAUCUUUUUCUUGCUUUCUUCUUUCCUUUCUGAUUCUGUUUCUGUAGAGUAGGGAUUUAGCUGAGAGUUCUGGAAAUGGUGCUGUACCCUGUGCUUCUAUUGUUGCUCCAUUCAGCAUUUUGACCAGAAUGUGUACCCUUCUGCCGUCAUAGAAAAAAAUCCUUAAGAUAAUCAAAUAUUUAUUCUGUUCUGAAUAAAACGUAUAAUACGAUUAUAAACAUAUUUGGCAAGAGAAACUUAAUAUUACAUGAUUGCAAAUCAUCGGUAUUCUUAUCAUUUGCUGACAGAUUUGAUAAUAUCAAAGUUCUUCACAGCACGGAACACUGUGCUGUUUUCUCCCUCAGCACUGUGUUCUAAAACCUAGCUGAAACCCUACUGUAUGGAUAUCAAUAUUUACGCAUUCUACAAGUAGUGACCUCUUUUACGUACUAGUUAUAUUUUUUCUGUAUUUUUUUUUUUUAAUGGAAAAUGUUCGUGCCUUUGCACUGUUUUUGUACAUGUGAUUUUCAUAAUCAAAUCCUGUACAACGUUUCUCGUAAUUUGAUUGUGAUUCUGUGAUAGAUUGAUAAAUGAAAGCAGAAUGUGUUUUUUUGCUCAGGAAAAAAACAACACGGAAACGUUUCUUGAAAUCAUGAAAGUAAUAUUUAAGAAGAGUUAAAUGUGUUGAUUUUUGUGUGAAAAAAAAAGAUCUAACACAUGUUUAUAUAUUUUUGAAUCCAUUGAUUUUUUCUUCCUGAUGAAAGUUGUUCACAUCAUGUAACCAUUGUUUAGAUUUGUUUUUGUCAGUAUGUCUGCACACACAUUUCAUAUUCAUAUAUUUAUGGUAAAUGGCUAUAAGCAUUUGAUUAUCUCACAAGUGAUAUGUUAUGAUUGUGAUCGAUGUUUUUAUUUUCAUAGAGCAUUUUGCUGUUGGUGCCAAUUUUAGGCUGUUAAAAAUUGUUUGGUUCUGGUCCGUAAUUCCACUUUUGGAAACUUCUCCUUGCAAAGAACAUUAUUGCAAAUACUGCUGGAAACAAACAACUUUCUUUUGGCCUGAGAAGAACUUUGCUUCUGUACAUGGGGCUGUGAUUUUUCUUCUAGCUAAUCUUUGUUCAUAUUUCUAUAAAAAUUAAUGUACUCUGUGAUUUAUAAUGAACAAUAUUACAAAUAGAUGUAUACAUGAUUUUUAUUGAAUUAAAGUUUUAAAGUACUUAAAUCCUAUAAAUUAUGAAGUUCACUUUAAUAACAAAAAGGACAACAGAAAAAAGUGACUGAUAAUAGUUUUCUUAAUAUAAAAAGCGAAAUCAUAGCCCCGUCAAAGAAGUAUUGUUUUAUAGCUGUGUUCACCGCCAGUUUACUUGUAGUGAGCUGGUGGGUUUUUGUUUGUACUGCCACAUAGCCGGUGGAUAUUUCUAUUUAGUUGAGCUGGGUACUCUGCUGAGAAAUAGUUACCUCAGAGAUAGUGAUGAUACAUGAUUGUAACUUUCUCCACCCACUGGAUUUUGAAGCUGUUUAAGUUCAAACGGUAUCAUGCUAUUGAAGAUUAUUUUUAAUGCCAGAAAUUUUGAUAAGCGAAAUUAACACAUGGAAGCCGUAAAUAUGUUAAAGGAAUUAGCCUGUACUAAUUUGCUUUAAAGAAGAACUUAUUAAAAAAAUGUUUUGGUAGACUUUGGAAGAAAUAACUGAGUUACUUGUCUCUGCAAAGUAGAUAGUUAAAAUAUGAACCAAGAAUAUCACCUUUAGUACUUUUUUCUGAAUGGCCACAUUUGAUUAAUCAUAUUCUGUUUUUGUGAAUGCAUACUUUUAUCAAAUUUGAGGAAAAAAAAUAAUUUGCCGAACAUGUGAUCAUUGAUAAAAAUAUGCGCUACCCAAGAUAUAAAUCUAGUAAUGUUGUUUUCCGGCUAGUAGAACAUAUCAAUAUUUUUUUCCAAUGAUUUAUAUAUAGUCAGGCUUGUAUAAUUUUUGAAGCGUUUCAUAACAAUAGAAGGCUAUUUCUUGAAAAUGUUUGUGAUGUACUUGUCAUUUCUGAUAUUCAGGAUAAUUGUAUCAUUACUGUGAUUGUUAUUUGUGGUUGAUGGUCAGAGCGGGUGGUGUACAAGGAGUUUCAUCAGUGCUUCCAAAAAAUAGGUAGCUUUCCAUUCUACCUUGAAGAAAACCUGAAUAAUUGGAUGUGGCCAAUUACAAUUAAUGUAACUUUUUAGUGGCUUUAAAGCUGCACUCACACAGAUUGAACGUUUUGACAAGUUUUUUUUUGUCUUGGAACGAGCCAAUUUUUGGGAAAAUCCAUGGAAACCAGUUAUAUAAGACAGCCGACAAAAAAUUAAAUUAUUGCGAUCUAAGUUCAAAUUUUAAUGUGUUAUGCAUUUUUCUUCAACCAUUAGUAAUGGUUUAAACCAUAAAACAUUAAUUUUCGAACAGAAAUAUGAAAAUCUGCGAUCUGAUCUUUUGUCAGCAAUCUUUUUAUCAUUGUUUUUUUUUUUAUAUUUACGCAAAAAUUUGCUCUUUCCAAGACAAAAAAUAAAAACGUAAAAGUGGUAUAUCUGUGAGAGUGCAGCUUUUAAUGUGGCAAUUUAACAUGCACUUUUGUAACUAAUAAUUUAUGUAUCUAGGUAGGACUUGUAGGAAGUUAGAUUAGAAUUCAUUAUACUCUAUGUAUGUUGUGGCUAAAAACAUUAUUUUGUUUGUGACAUUAUAUUGCCAUGUCUCCAGUCUGUGAGGACAGUAAACGUGAACAAAG